AUGAGGGGGGAGGAUAACGGGGAUGAAGCGGCGAAGGGCAAGGCGGCGGCCCCGGGGCGCAGCGGGGCGGGGGGCGGCGGUAGCAGCGGCGAGCAGGGGGAUGUCCCCGGGAUCCGGGAUGCUCCUGCCUCGGCGGAGCGCGGGGAGCGGCGGCUUCCUCCGCCCCCGCCGCCUCCUCCUCCUCCUUCUCCUCCUCCCUCGCCCGCCGUCCCCCGCUCCGCCCCGCAGCCCCCGGCCCCUCCCGGGGCGCCGAGCCCCCGCCGAGCCCCCAUCGAGCCCCCGUCGGUGCCGGGAUGGGGUCUGGGGGAGUCGGGGGAGGUUCGGGGUGUCGGAGGGGGGACGAGGCAAGACAAAGAGCCGGGCGGGGCCGAGGACAGCCGCGGGACCGAGCCCUCUCCGCACCGCUCCGCAUCCCGGACCAUGCCCAGGCCAGGGGGUCCCGGGGCCACCCCCAACACGGGCUGCCUCCACCGCCGGAUCCACCCUUGUCCCCCUGUGCUGCUGCCCCCGCCCCAAGGCCCCGCCUGCCCUGCAGAGCCCCCUCCCUUGCCCUGGGCCUGUGGGGAGCUGCGGGGGUCCCGCAUCACGGGAGUGCAUGACCCCCAAAAUCACCACCCCAGGACUCUGCCAGCCCCAGCUGGGCUCUGUCGGCCGGGAGAAAAUCCCCGGUUUGAGCCGGACUCGGCCGCCUCCCGCAACACCACCACGCCGCCUGCUCCGACCCCUGCCCACCGUGUGCCACCAGAGUGUGGGGACAGCGAAGCCACCUCUGCAGAGGGACACCUGAGCCUCCCCGGACCCCCCUCCUGGCCGAUGUGUCCGGCCACCCGCUGA